AUGAAAGGAAAAGAAUGUACAGCAAAAUGGUCCCACAUUGUUCAAUUAUAUAAUAGGUGCCCAGGUUACAGAGGUGUCAAGCUAGUGCCUAAGCUGACUGCUCACCACAUCCUACCACAUUUAAUCCCAAAGAUGAGGGUGAAACACUGCACACAAGUGUUUAGUCAAUCUGUUGGAGUGGGCCUUGCGUGUAUGGCAGAAUUGGGAGCUCUUGAUAAGAGCAGUUAUGAGACAGCGGAUCUCCUAUUAUUUUUCGAUGACCUAUUUGACAGCGUGAAUGGUAGUUUCAGCGAAAUUAUAGGAGGGAAAAAGUAUCGUGCUGCAGUAACUCCAACUUCACCGCAUCACAAUUUGUGGAAUUAA